UCGUCUGCCUUUGUUUAUGCACGUGUUGCGUUUAGAUUUUAAAUUUUAAGUUGUAAUUGUUUAGCAAGAGGGACACCGAACCGAAUACCGGCCAGCAAAUGGACAGCGAGGGCGACGACUACGAGCUGACCGGCUCCGAGCAGGAGUACGACGCGGAGGAGCGCGAGAUCCUGGAGGAUCUGCGCAAGCAGCGCAAGAAGCGCCAGCAGCAGGAUCCCGUCCAGGAGGUCCUGGCCUUCAGCGACGACGACGACGACGAUGAUGAUGACGGGGCGGAGGACCAGGAGCAGGACGACGUGGCCGAGCUGAUGCGGGACAGCGACAUCGAGGGCGCCGAGGACGAUGACCGCGACCUGCCCAACACCAUGGACUGGGGCAGCAAGCGCAGCACCUACUACAACACGGACUUCGUGGACCAGGACUACAGCAGCUACAACGCCCAGGAGGAGGAGGAGGCCCGCGCCGAGGAGGAGGAGGCCAAGAAGAUCCAGUUGCGCCUGGCCAAGCGGCUCAGCGAGGCCGACUUCCAACUGGACGAUGUCCAGGCAGACGCCGCAGACAGUGACGAUGAUGAUGGGGCGAAGCAGAAGGGCGAGGUAACCAAGGUGACCACCGAUCUGACCGGUCUGACGGCCCGCGAGCGCCGCCAGCUGCUGCAGAAGGACUCGCCCGAGUUCCUGGGCCUCACCCAGGACUUUCAGAAGCACCUCGCCGAGAUCAAGGAUCUGAUAACGCCCGUUCUCAACUAUGCGAGGAACCACAGUGUGCCCAUGGUGCCGGCCCUCAAGUACGCCAGCCUCUGCCACACCGUGCUCGCCACCUACUGCUCCAACGUGGCCUUCUAUCUGCUGCUGAAGGCGCGCCGCACCAGCGUCAAGUUCCAUCCGGUGGUCAAGCGGCUGGUGCAGCUGAAGCAGCUGGUGGAGCAGCUGACGCCGCGCUACGAGGAGUACAUACGGCCGCAGCUGGAGGCGCUGCUGGAGAGGAUACAGGAUGGCGAUGCCUUCACGGUGCUGGAUGUGGCGCAGCGCAAGGCCAAGCUGCAGAUCCUGAACAAGUACAGCAAUGGCGGGCCGGCGGAGGAGAGCUCCAACGAUGAGGAUGAGCGGGAGAAGAAGGCGGUUAAGGAGGAUCAGGAUGAGGAGCUGGAAGAUGUGGAUGAGGCGGAGGCGGAGGUCGAGGCGGAGCAGGCGCGCCGCGGCAUCACCUACCAGAUGGCCAAGAACAAGGGCCUCACGCCGCACCGCAAGAAGGAGCUGCGCAACCCGCGCGUCAAGCACCGCGGCAAGUACCGCAAGGCGCUCAUCCGGCGCAAGGGAGCCGUGCGCACGGUGCGCAAGGAGCUGCAGCGCUACGGCGGCGAGAUGUCCGGCAUCAAGGCCUCCGUCACCAAGAGCGUCAAGUUCCGCACCUAGUUCGCUUAGCCCCUACCCAUUAAAUACGAGAUCCACGCCUUGCUUUAGUCAACACA